AAUAUAUAUAUAUAUAUAUAUUAUAUAAUAAAACAGUGUGUGUGUGUGCGCAUCUUCACACAGUGUAACACAAUCCUCACAGGAAAUAGUUUUGUUUGUUUUUCUGUGGUAAAGGUACCAUUAUCAUCAUCAUUACAAGCCCUGAAAACAUCACUGUCACCACCACCACCUUCAUUCCCAUCACUGCAAACACCACAACUGUGAUCACUCAUUUUCUCACCACCAUCACUACCACCACCAUCAUCAUCAUCAUCACUAUUUCUGUUCAUAAUAUCAAUAAUGAUUAUUGUAAAUUCAAUUCUUUCGGCAGGUCUCUUAAAUGACUCUAUUGUGCAAAGUUUGUCCCUUGUAAACAUAACAAACCUGUUUUUUGAUUACAAAAUAUCAUUGUUUUUCUUGCUCUUUUUGUUUCCCUGAAUGAUCUACUAAUUAUACUCCCACCAUCACCACAAGGGCUUUGAGCUAUCUGCACCUGCGUUCAGGUGCAUUCAACCAGAAAAUAGAUUCACUGUUAAAUCUCUCUAUUUUAGCUGUCUUAAUUGGAAACUGGCAUAAAGUAAUGAAACUUCUAGAGAGACUCAUACAAAUGGCUGACCAUUUGUUGCAGCUGUUGUUGUUGCUGCAUGUUUCUUGCACCAUUUGCCAACAGGCUGCAAUUUCCCAAUCCGACAUGGUUCGAAAUGUAACUUACAGAAAGGUUCUCAACCGGAAUUUCAGACUCUCCUUUGGCAUCAACAGAAGCCAUCAUCGUCAAGAGAGGAGGAUGCGCAGCGUUAUUGAGUGCAGUAUAUUUUGCAUGGCUUCACCAAGUUGCACCUUUUUCACCUUUUGGAGGAAGAAGAAAUGUGAGAGAUUCAACGAUUGGCAAACGAUUACCCUCUCGUCUUCAAAGAAAGAUGUUUCCUACAUACGGCUUCACGACUCUUCGUGGUAUAAAGCCUUCUCAUUCAACACCAAUUCCAUGUCUAACCCUGCUGAUGUAUUCUUUGGCAAAUAUAAUCAAAGUCGCCCUAAUUCUGAAUUCUACCGAAGUUCUCUCCUUGAUGUCUGGGACUCUCUUAAUAUUAACGAGGUGAAAAUAGUUCUAAGAAAAGCUGAUAAAGAUGUCCUCACCUUGAAGUUUGCAGCCAUCAACACCAACAUUGGCAACUGGUUUUCUGGUUCCAACCUAAAAUCUACUCCUUGGUCUGAUCUACCACCAGACAAUACAACAUACAAGAUGGAUAUUGUCUAUAACAUAACAAGUGAUGUUAAUUUACAUAACACUAACCAAGUUGACCAUGGUAACAGCACUAACAACAUUGACUACAGUAACCAAGGUAACACCACUAGCCAGGGUGACAACAAUUAUCAAGGCAACUACAGUACCCUGUGUAACAAUACCGAAGUUGACAAUAAUAGAAAUGAACGUAGUUUCCGUUCUUUCAAACAGAGGAAGAGGUGCAAUUUGCCAAAACGGUGUGAAGGACGUAAAUGCUGGAAUACAUAUGAUGAGAGUAAAGUCGGGGAGAACGAGGGUAAAGAUGAAGCUAAGAAGGUGGACGACGAUGAUGAUGAUAAGGACAAAGAGAAAUGCAAGGGUAACGGGAAGGGUAAGGGCGAUUGUAAGGAUGAAGAGAAGGACAAAGAGAAAUGCAAGGGCGAUUGUAAGGAUGAAGAGAAGGACAAAGAGAAAUGCAAGGGUAACGGGAAGGGUAAGGGCGAUUGUAAGGAUGAAGAGAAAUGCAAGGGGAAGGGUAAGGGCGAUUGUAAGGAUGAAGAGAAGGACAAAGAGAAAUGCAAGGGUAACGGGAAGGGUAAGGAGAAAUGCAAGGGUAACGGGAAGGGUAAGGGCGAUUGUAAGGAUGAAGAGAAGGACAAAGAGAAAUGCAAGGGGAAGGGUAAGGGCGAUUGUAAGGAUGAAGAGAAGGACAAAGAGAAAUGCAAGGGUAAGGGCGAUUGUAAGGAUGAAGAUAAGGGCAGUGAUGCUGGUAAAGAUAAGUGCAAAAACCAUGGAAAGGGCCAGGAUCGGUGCAAUGUCGGUGAUGGAAGCCUCAACAGUAACCAUGGCAAUAACAGUAAGCAAGAAAACAACAGUGACCACAGUAACAACGGUAACCAUAGCAACAGCAGCAACGACCUCAAUUCUGAAGAGAAACACCGGAGUUCAGAGAAAAACAACCCAAGGUGUGCUUUUUGUAUUUUUGUGGGUGAUUCCCGUAUUUGGUUAAUGGUUUCAAACACCAAGCCAAGCAACUGGACCACACUUUCACAAGACAACCGUCACUCAAUCUGGUAUUUAGAAGAAGGCAAAAAAGCUGAUGGCAAUCCUGAAGAUUAUUUGGUAAAAGCUGACAGCAUGACUAUCUAUGUUCAACUUGAGUGA